UGGGGUGGGGGUGGGAGGACGGAAGCGAAGUGGCGGAGCUACUCGCCCUCCAUCCAGUCGCCCCAGCUACUUUUAAGUUGUUAUUAUACGAGCUAUGAUAGUAUUGGAUCGAACCAUCGCAUGGUGCUGGUGCCCAUUCAUCGUGUGACGAGGCGACUGCUGGGCCUGUUUGCAAUUCUCCUAGCAUUGGCUGCAUUAAUUUUGUUUCUUGGACAGUUGCGCCAUGCCUAUCAACAGCACCUUAAGUUCAAGCGGUAUGAGACUUACAGUCGCUAUGUGGAUGGUGUUACUAAUGAUUUGCUAAAGCUAGAAAAACUUGCUAACAACUCAAAUAUUAGUAUGGACCAAUUUUUUGUAGCACUUGGACAACCACCUCAACAUGAAAAGGAAAAAUCUCUAAACAUUACUGAAAACACCAGUAAUAGCAGUAUAGAGCAUUUGUCUGCUCGGUGACACAUGUACAAUUAAACUAAAUAUAUAAAAUGUAAAUAUAUUAAGGAAACCUCUUUUUAAAAUUUCAACACAUCCUAAGCCAAUGUAAUUCUUUGUAUAGUUUAUCAAAAGUAUCUGAUUUGUUAAUUUGAUAAAGUUAAAGUAUCACACACCAGGCCAACUUUGACUUUAUUCAUAGCAUUAGUCUGUUAACUACAUGAAAGACGAUGUAUUUUAUGGAGGAAAUAUAGUGUCCAUUUCUCUGCAA